AUGAUAUACCUUACGAAAGUUAUCAGUAAUGCGUGUUUAUCCAUACUGAACUGCGGGCUGUGCUUGUCUGCAAUAAAUUUGGCCAGAAAGAUGGUGGUGGCAGACUUUAAAAUUUGCCCUCGUGGGUAUGCAAGAUGUAAAAAGGAAAAUUGGUAUUUUGCAACGUUUUAUUUCACACUAUAUGCGAGUGCUUUAUUUGGAUGUUUAAUUUCUCUAUAUUUCAAGGAUGCAAACAGAAGAAAGCGUAUGAUGGUAAGUCACUAUUUAUAUAUUAUAGGAAGUUUAUUAUCUCUAUAUAGUUCUCCACAUAUAGUAAUAUUUUUAUUUUCUCAAGCUUUUUUUGGACUAGCUAUUGGAUGUUCAGUUGUAACAGCACCUUCUUAUGUAUUGGAAUAUUCUCCAAAAGAGCAUCAAAAAUUUUAUGGGUUCUAUAUACAGAUAUUUUUUGCCGUAGGAAUAUUAAUUAGUUAUAUAUUUGGAGCUUCGUAUAUAAGUAUCAGACUUAAAAAUCAGAAGACAUGGCAUUGGUUUGUUACAUUAAUGUAUAAACUUCAUUUUGCAAUGCCUUUAAUAUUUAGUCUAGUUUCUCUACUUUUGUUCUAUUUUGUAUUUACCAUGGAUACCCCUUUACAUUUAUAUGAAUCCAAAAAAUUCAAAAAAUUUGAUAAAUUGAAGACUAAGAUAAAUGUUGCAGAUUUUGAUGAAAAAGAAGAAUAUCAUAAACAUAAAUCAACAUAUGAAGUCAGUUUAUUAGCAAAAGAAGUAUCAAUCAUAAGUUUAUUUCAAAAUGAUACAUUAAAGAAAACUUCUUUUAUUGGUAUGUUACUAUGCUUCUUAUAUUCAGCAAAUGGAUCCUUUUUAUUUCUCAAUACAAUAUUUUUAUUUUUUCAUGCUCUUUCAAAUACACUGGCAAAUACACUUGCAUCAGUUGGAUUUAUAUUAUUAUAUCUUAUUAGUUCAAUAGUCUGUACACAAUUUGUUGAUAAAUUUGAGAAAAAAAAUAUGCUAAUUUGUGGCCUACUUAUCCAAGUCAUUUCAGUAACAUGUUUAACAGGAUCAUAUUUUAUUGACUUUACAACUGUUGUACAUAAAAUUAUGCUAAUUAUGGCUAUAGCUUUUUAUUUAAUUGGAUUAUCUCUUGGAUUCGGACAUGUUAUAUGGACACUUGUGUUUGAUUUAUUUCCAAAGGAGAGUAAGGUUGUGGGAGCAUUUUUUUCUUAUUAUUCUCUUUUUAUUGGUGCCCUUUUCAUUUCUCUAAUUCUUGAAUUCAUAAAUACAAAGUAUUAUGCUUAUUUUUUCAUUUUGUGUAUUAUAUCUCUAAGUAUUUCCAUCUUUGCCAUCAGCAAAUUUUAUAAAGACAAUGUUGUCAUCAUUGCUAGACACCCCUCUAUCGAUGAAUAG